AUGGCCGAGAUGGACAUGAAGCCAGUCCCUGUUCCCAGCAAAAGGCUUUGCGUUCAUGUCAUCCUGCACCUUUUUUACUCCACAGGGGGAGAAGCACUACACCUAAUCCUCUUACCUGCUAUAGGCAACGUGGCAGAGAAUUCUCCACCUGGGACUUCAGUGCACAAGUUUUCUGUGAAGUUAUCAGCAUCACUGUCACCUGUGAUCCCAGGAUUUCCCCAGAUAAUCAACUCAAAUCCCCUCACUGAAGCCUUCAGGGUGAUUCGGCUGUCACACACCUACUUUGAGGUUGUCACCACUUGGAAGGAACAGCUAGAUUUUGAAACAGGACCAAACAUAUUUGAUUUGCAGAUUUAUGUGAAGGAUGAGGUUGGUGUCACAGACCUGCAAGUCCUGACCGUCCAGGUAACAGAUGUGAACGAGCCACCCCAGUUUCAAGGCAACUUGGCGGAAGGUCUACACCUCUACAUAGUAGAAGGAGCAAACCCUGGAUUCAUUUACCAGGUUGAGGCCUUUGAUCCAGAAGACACAAGCCGAAAAAUUCCCCUCAGUUAUUUCCUGAUUUCUCCCUCAAAGAGCUUCAGAAUGUCUGCUAAUGGCACCCUCUUCUCCACAACAGAACUGGACUUCGAAGCAGGACACAGCAGUUUCCAUCUCAUCGUGGAGGUGAGGGACAGUAGAGGCCUCAAAGCCUCCAGAGCACUCCAGGUGAAGCCCCUCACUUUACCAGACCGGGUGCGGUGGCUCACGCCUACAUGAGUGUACCCGAUCCUGGAGGAACUGAGUCCAGGAAGCAUCAUGGCCAAUAUCACAGCGGAGAAUCCUGAUGAUGAAGGUUUUCCUAGUCACCUCCUCUACAGCAUUACCACUGUUAGCAAAUAUUUCAUGAUAAAUCAGUUGACUGGUGCAAUCCAAGUGGCCCAAAUGAUACACCGAGAUGCAGGUGAAUUGAGACAAACUCCUACCAUUUCCCUGGAAGUUCUAGUGAAGGACAGACCAUAUGGGGGUCAGGAGAAUCACAUCCAGAUGACCUUCAUUGUGGAAGACAUCAGCAACAAUCCUGCCACAUGCCAAAGGUCCACCUUCAGCAUUAUGGUGCCGGAAAGAACAGCCAAGGGGACGUUGCUUCUUGACCUGAACAAGUUCUGCUUUGAUGAUGACAGUGAGGCACCAAACAACAGAUUCAACUUCACCAUGCCAUCUGGAGUGGGGAGCGGCGGCAGAUUUUUACAGGAUCCAGCUGGCUCUGGGAAAAUUGUGCUGAUUGGUGAUCUAGACUAUGAAAAUCCAAGUAACCUAGCAGCCGGCAAUAAAUAUACGGUGAUAAUCCAGGUGCAGGAUGUGGCCCCCCCUUACUAUAAAAAUAAUAUCUACAUUUAUAUCCUAACAAGCCCAGAAAAUGAGUUCCCUCUCAUUUUUGAUAGGCCAUCCUACGUAUUUGAUGUGUCAGAAAGAAGGCUGGCCAGAACCUGAGUGGGACAGGUGCAAACCACUGAUAAAGACCUCCCCCAGUGCAGCCUCGUGUACUCCAUCUCCACCGGAGGGGCCAGCCUCUGGUACCCGAACGUAUUUUGGAUUAAUCCCAAGAUGGGAGAACUCCAGCUGGUAACUAAAGUGGACUACGAAACAACCCCUAUCUAUAUUCUCAGAAUCCAGGCCACCAACAACAAGGACACAAGCUCUGUCACUGUUACCGUGAACAUCCUUGAAGAAAAUGAUGAAAAGCCCAUUUGUACUCCAAACUCUUAUUUCCUGGCCCUCCAAGUGGAUCUGAAAGUUGGCACAAAUAUUCAGAAUUUCAAGCUGACGUAUACUGACCUUAAUUGCAGCCCCAGAUCUUUCCAUUAUUCCACUGGCUCAGGUAACGUCAACAAUCAUUUCACCUUCUCUCCCAAUGCUGGUUCCAACGUCACACGCCUGCUGCUUACAUCUCCCUUUGACUAUGCUGGUGGGCUUGAUAAGAUCUGGGACUACAAGCUACAUACUGUCUACAUAACUGAUGACAACUUGCUGUCUGGCAGGAAGAAAGCUGAGGCUCUUGUUGAGACAGGAACAGUGACACUGAGUAUUAAAGUCAUUUCCCACCCAACCACUGUCAUCACCACAACCCCCAGGCCCAGGGUCACCUACCAGGUCCUGAGGAAAAACGUUUACUCUCCAUCUGCGUGGUACGUUCCUUUUGUCAUCACUUUGGGCUCCAUAUUGCUUCUGGGUCUCCUGGUGUUCCUGGUCGUCCUAUUGGCCAAAGGCAUCCACAGACACUGCCCCUGCAAGACUGGGAAGAACAAGGAACAUCUGACAAAGAAAGGAAAUAGGUUCGUACCUGUUUCCCUCGUCUGUUGUUUUUUGCUUGCUCUGUUGUGCUACAUAAAAAGGUUCCUACUCGGCAGAGAAUCAGGCUGCGAUCACGUCUUGGAGCAUUUUCAGCUGCAUCUUCCGCGGAUGGAAGGAAGUGGAGAAACGAAGACUGCAAAGAGAGACGUUGUGGUGGAAACUAUCCAGAUGAAAGUCUUUGAUGGAGAAGUCAUAAAUCCAGUGACCGGGGAAAUGUAUGCAUUCAACUCAAAAACUGGAUCCAGAAAGUGGAAAGAUCCACUAACCCAAAUGCCAAAAUGGAAAGAGCUCAGCUCCCAGGGAGUGGCCCCAUGCAGAGUCGCUGCUGGGGAAGGGAUGGGGCCACUGAGAAGCACCAACCGGGGAAAAGAUGAGCUGAGUGGCAAAGCGUGGGCUGAGGAUGCUGGUCUGGGUUCCAGAAAUGAGGAUGGCAAGCCGGGCACCCCAAAGAACAGAAAUCCAGCCUUCAUUAACAGGGCUUCCCCCAAACCACACCCAGGAAAGUAAACAGGGGCCUGUUAAUCACUGGGAUGCUGCCUCACCCUAAAUUCUAUGGGGACAGUGUGGGCAUGGCAUAGGUGGGACAAUGUGGGCUGAGGGGAUUCAGACAUCCAGGGUCAAACAUGAGAUAUCUGACAAAUUUUUAAACAAACAGAAAGGGAUUUGAUCACAUAGUUUCCUGUUCUGAAAUGAUACAGGAACAUUUUCUAUCAGAUCUCAGAACUACCUGUGCUUCUGAUCAGCAGGACUGUUAACUUUGGGGUGUGGAAUUGUGUUUCUUCUUUGCAUUGACUGCUAGGAAGCUCUAUUCUGUUCAGUUCACAGGACUUCCUGACACAAAUAGUGAAGACUAUCCUUACAUCUGGUUUCCACCUUAUUUUCCUGCCCUGGUUUUAACAUCACCCAGAUUUCUUCACUUAUAAAUAUACUAUA